AGUGCCUGAUCUUACUGCGUUAUUACAAAGAGAACCUGGAUUUACACAAGGAAUUGCGCGAAUGAUGCUGAGCUGAUCCUCCAUUCUAGCUGAAAGCGCAAAUAGGAUGACAACUCACUGACACGCUCUGGGGCGGCUUAGACACGGAAAACAUUUAACAGCGUAGGGAGCGCAGUACUAGCGUGAUCUUCACAGAGGAGGGAGCGCGGAUCGAUAUUAAGUGAAGAAACUAAGCAGAUGGGAACCGAUGCUGAAAUCCCUGCAGAAACUCAAACCACAAUGGGCCGCAAAGAAGGACAGGACAGCAGCACCUGGAAGAAAGUGACAGACAACAUCCGGGAUGUCUUCGAGUUCACGGAGGUGCUUGGAUCGGGGGCCUUUUCCGAAGUGUUCCUAGUUAAGGAGAGGAAGACGGGCAAGCUCUUCGCUCUCAAGUGCGUGAAAAAGAUGCCAGACCAUCGGGACAACAACUUGGAAAAUGAAAUCUCUGUGCUGAGGAGAAUCAAACAUGAAAAUAUUGUGGCACUGGAAGACUUCUAUGAAAGCCGGACCCAUUACUACCUGGUCAUGCAGUUGGUGUCCGGGGGAGAGCUGUUUGACCGAAUACUGGACCGAGGGGUAUACACAGAGAAAGAUGCCAGCCUGGUAAUCCGGCAGGUCCUGGAUGCAGUGAACUAUCUGCACCAGAUUGGCAUCGUGCACAGAGACCUCAAGCCUGAAAACCUGCUCUACUACAGCCAGGACGAGAACUCCAAGAUCAUGAUCAGCGACUUCGGCCUCUCCAAGAUAGAGGACAAUGGCAUCAUGGCGACGGCCUGCGGCACGCCAGGAUAUGUGGCCCCUGAAGUCUUGGCCCAGAAGCCCUACAGCAAAUCAGUGGACUGCUGGUCCAUAGGGGUCAUCACCUACAUCUUAUUGUGUGGAUACCCCCCCUUCUACGAGGAGACGGAGUCCAGACUGUUCGCCAAGAUCAUGAAAGCAGAGUAUGAGUUUGACUCUCCCUUCUGGGAUGACAUCUCCGACUCAGCCAAGGAUUUCAUUCGCAACAUGAUGCGGAAAAACCCAGAGGUUCGCUACACCACUGAGCAGGCUCUCAGACACCCUUGGAUUGUAGGAAAGACGGCUCGCAGCCACGACAUCUAUUACUCUGUCAGUAUCAACAUCCAGAAGAACUUUGCUAAAUCGAAGUGGCGGCAAGCCUUCAAUGCUGCAGUGGUGAUUAACCACAUGAAGAAGCUGCAACUGGCACACUCUGAAAUGACCAACAAGACACUGCCGGUGAUUAAUGUUACUGACGUCUCGGAGCCCCACUCCCCAAAGAAGACCCCUUCGGUGGAGCCCAACGGGAAUGUGGAGAACUUCAUCCCCGUCCCUAAACACAACCACAACGAGCCCAAGAGCCACUACCACGCCCUGAGGGUCAGCCAUAGCGAGCCAGUGCACGGGCUCAUCGGAGAGAAGGGAAAACCCAACUACCUGUCGGAGCCGGCCAACCUCAACGGGGCUGCCAGAAAUCAGAAUGUUGCUCCCACAUUGAUCCUCCCUGUGAAUGGCCAAAGUCCCCCCCUGCAUACUGGGGUCUGCUCCAUCAUGUGAUAGCCCAGCAGCCAAUGACUGGGGACAAAUUGACAGAGCUGUUUUGCUCCAGUGUCUGGAGAGAGCUCUCUGGCAUUCUGCAAUGUACAUGUGAGCCAGCCCACUGCGUGUUGUUCAGCUGAGCUGUUUGCCGUUUGUUGUUCAGCGGGAGUCACAAGUCUUACAGGCUGUGUUUGGAUCCUGCAUCCAAAAUACCGAGUGCCUAGAAAACAUCAGUUUUUCUUCGAGAAAUCCUACAGUGGGCAGAACUGAAAGACAGAUCGUAAACUGUCUAGGAGAAAUAACCGAUUCUUGAACGUUUAAAUCCCAAAAUGUAAGGAAAAACAAACUUUAUUUUUUAUGUCUGCUAAUUAAACCUCUGUAUUAGCAUGCAUGGAUAAUGAAUGAGUGUUGUAUUGUCAUGUGAAUUCAAAACAAAGAAUACAUUUUUUCCUAAGUUUGCGCUCGUAAUUGUGGAAAUGCUUUGUGAUGAGAACUGUAUUUUGAACAAAAUGUAUCUGUGGAACAUGGCAUGUAUUUUUUACACUGGUUUCUGUGUAGAGAAUUAUCAUAUGCCGCUGCCAUGAAUAUAGUUAAGUCUGCUGCUAAAAUGUUUUUUACAACCAUUUCAAGACAAAAUUUAAAAAAGUGAGUUACCGCCAGAGCUAUUUUCUACUUCAAACUAGUUGCAGUCGUUAGUUAGACAGGUUUUAACUUCUAAGGGAGUUUAGUUUCUCUUUUCUAAUUGUGAAGCUGAAGAUUUCUGUUGUAAUGGAGACGAAGUAGACAGGCUGAUGUAAAUCAAACUGUUAUGAAACAGUUCCAGUUUCUAGACUUGUUGAGGCCUAGCUGUGCUCUCCUUUUCUAAGACUCCUAAAAGUCAUGUGUUAAAUAUUUUUAUAUUAUAUGUUAUGUUUUUUAAAAUAAAAAAUGACUGGAGUUUAAGGAUGCAUAGCAAUUGUAGUUCUUAUUAACUGAUAACUUUACUAACUCGCCAACAGAUGUGAAUGUCUUAUUACUGUAGAUAUGUCUUGUGAUUUUACAGCUUUCUAGUGCCCACAUCUUAAGAGCACAGAAAGAGAGUUGGGCGAUAGAUGUUCAUAUUUGUUUCUGUAAUAAAAAAAAAUAUAUAUCUAUAUUGGUGAUUAAAAAUACUGCUAAUGCAACCUGGCAUUACAGACCUGUUAAAACUGUUGUUCUGGUACAACCAGGAUGUCUCAACCUGGAAAUCUGUGACUGUGUAUUGUGUAAAAAAAAUCUAUACUUGGAUUUUUUUAGGAUCUUUAUCAAUAAAAAUCUGAUAGUGUACUGGAAAAUUUGGAAGGUUGUUUUUUAAUAAAAAUGCUAUAACUGCA